AUGAAACGCAGCGGCGAACUUACACAAUUCAUUGGCAUCCGCAUCACUCGCGACCGCGAAACCAGACGAACAUGGAUCAGCCAGGGUGCCUACAUUGAGAAAAUCGCUGCGAAACCAACCUCGAUCGCGAGUGAUGCGGAUGCCAAUGAAUUGUGUAAGUUCGCCGCUGCGUUUCAUUUCAUGUCCCAGGGUGCCUACAUUGAGAAAAUCGCUGCGAAAUUCAACCUCCUCGAUCGACGAACACCUUACAUUCCCUUGCCAUCUGAUCUCUCGCAGGUUACUUGCCCUGCAGAGUCCCCCUCUGAUCCGAAGUUGGUCCAUCUCUACCAACAGAAAUGCGGAUCCACCCUUUUUCCAGCUAUCUGGACCAGACCUGACACUGCAUUUGCAAACCAAGUUCUGGCCCGUUCCCCCACUCGUUGCACUGAGGCUCACCUCAAAGCCGUCGACCACCUUAUCUCCUACCUUUAUGGGACAAAGGACCUUGCUAUCUGCUUCGAUGGAAGGAAGCAGACUGUGGCCUUCACUGGUGCGUCGGAUGCGAGCUUUGCUGAUAACCCAGAUCGCAAGAGUUCAGAGGCAUUUAUCUUCUCCUUGUUUGGAGGACCAGUGGAGUGGAGAGCUCGCAAGCAGCGCACGAUCACAACCUCCACCACUGAAGCAGAGCUGUUAGCUCUGAGUCAUGCUGCUCGACCGUACUACUGGAUGAAGCGACUUUUCCGAUUUAUUCAUUUGAAUCUGAACCAUCCUGAGAUUUUGUACUGUGACAACAAGCAGACUGUUGACAUUCUCGUGAGCGAGAAUUCCAUCUUUCAGACCAAACUUCGCCAUGUUGACAUUCACCAACUCUGGAUACGACAAGAGGGCCAAGCAUGA